UUUCGACCCCCGAGGAAGGAAAAGAGGCGGGAUGCGGCUGCCUCGCCCGCGUUUUGCUUUCUGCCCAGUUCCUUUCCGUCCUCCUCGUCGCGCCGCCAUGGCCCAACUGCGAGCCUCUUCUUCGUCGGCCACCACCUUUGACUACCUGGUGCUGGGGGGCGGCUCGGGCGGGUUGGCAAGUGCCCGACGCGCCGCGCAACUGGGAGCCCGGGCUGCUGUGGUUGAAAAAGGGCGACUUGGAGGCACUUGCGUGAAUGUUGGGUGUGUACCUAAAAAGGUGAUGUGGAAUACUGCUGUCCAUUCUGAAUUCAUCCAUGAUCAUAUGGAUUACGGUUUUCAAAUAGCUGAUGUGAAGUUUAAUUGGAAAAUAAUUAAAGAAAAGCGGGAUGCUUAUGUGAAGAAACUGAAUGAGAUCUAUCAAAAUAAUUUGAAUAAGGACCACGUGGAAACCAUUCGUGGGCAUGCAUCAUUUACAGCUGACCCUGAACCUACAAUUGAAGUUGAUGGCAAAAAAUACACUGCACCUCACAUACUGAUUGCGACUGGUGGACGGCCUGCAUUUCCCAGUGAAAGUGAAAUACCAGGAGCCAGUUUGGGAAUCUCUAGUGAUGGUUUCUUUGAACUUGAAGAGUUGCCCAAGCGAAGUGUUAUUGUUGGUGCUGGAUAUAUAGCUGUUGAAUUAGCUGGUAUUCUUUCUGCAUUAGGCUCCAAGACGUCCUUAUUGAUACGUUAUAAUGAAGUGCUGAGAAAUUUUGAUUCAAUGAUCAGUUCAAACUGCACCCAGGAAUUGGAACAUAAUGGAGUAGAAGUUUGGAAACAUUGCAAGGUUCAGUCAGUUACAAAAUCAGCAUCAGGGCUCUUGGCAGUAACAGUUACAUCCUCUUUUCCUAAUCAAAAACCUACUGUGAACACUAUUGAGAAUGUUGACUGUCUCUUGUGGGCCAUUGGUAGAGAGCCCAAUACUGAGAAGCUAAACCUUGACCAAUUGAAUAUUAAGGUAGACAAGAGAGGCCACAUUAUUGUUGAUGAGUUCCAAAAUACCAGCAGAAAGGGGAUCUAUGCUGUUGGAGACGUAUGUGGGAAAGCACUCCUCACACCAGUUGCAAUUGCGGCUGGAAGAAAACUGGCACAUAGGCUUUUUGAAAAUAAAAAGGAUUAUAAACUGGACUAUACCAACAUUCCGACUGUGGUUUUCAGUCAUCCACCAAUUGGAACAGUGGGACUAACAGAAGCGGAAGCCAUAAAUGCACAUGGAAAAGAGAAUGUGAAAAUUUAUAUGACUUCUUUUGUCCCUAUGUACCACGCCAUAACAGAAAGGAAAACAAAAUGCCUGAUGAAAUUGGUCUGUGCCACUAAACAAGAAAAAGUGGUAGGACUUCAUAUGCAAGGUUUGGGGUGUGAUGAAAUGCUCCAAGGUUUCGCAGUAGCUGUCAAGAUGGGAGCAACAAAGGCUGACUUUGAUCAGACGGUGGCUAUUCAUCCAACUUCUGCAGAAGAACUUGUUACGCUUCGUUAAGCUUACAUAACUUGGCUUUCCCCAUGGUGAAUUAAAUACUUUUUUUAAAAUAAAACUCUACAGUUCAAGAGAAGUCUUCAUUCUGCUGUUACAAAUUAAAUU